GUACUCCCAUCCUGGUGUUUUGCCCACAGGAAGAUGGCGGCGGUCUCAAUGUCAGUGUCGCUGAGACAGGCGUUGUUGAGGCGAAGGGCAGUGGCUACAGCUGCCGUUCCCGUUUGUAGAGUUCCAUCCAGGUUGUUGAGCACAUCCACUUGGAAGCUGGCAGAGGACCAAACUCGAGACACACAGCUUAUAACAGUUGAUGAGAAACUGGAUAUCACUACUUUAACUGGUGUUCCAGAAGAGCACAUCAAAACCAGAAAGGUCAGGAUCUUUGUUCCUGCUCGCAAUAACAUGCAGUCUGGAGUAAACAACACAAAGAAAUGGAAGAUGGAGUUUGAUACCAGAGAGAGAUGGGAAAAUCCUUUGAUGGGUUGGGCAUCAACGGCUGAUCCUCUCUCCAACAUGGUUCUAACCUUCAGUGCCAAAGAAGAUGCAAUUGCCUUUGCAGAAAAAAAUGGAUGGAGCUAUGACGUAGAAGAGAAGAAGGUUCCGAAACCCAAGUCCAAGUCUUAUGGUGCAAACUUUUCUUGGAACAAAAGAACAAGAGUGUCUACAAAAUAGGUUGGAGCUGGCUACAUUUCUGCUUGACUGUGACUGAAGUGUCAGCUGUGCACUAUUUAUAGUCCAUGGAUAAUGCACCUCUUAAUCUCCUAAUAAAUGUGACCUUUAAACUACAGGUA